CUAAUUCUAUAUAAAAUGCAGGUCAUUAAGAAUGGUUGGUGACACUGUUAUUACUGGUAGUGAUGACUGGACAGCAAGAAUAUGGUCUGUUUCACGAGGAACAUGUGAUGCUGUCCUAGCAUGCCAUGCAGGGCCAGUAUUAUGUGUUGAAUAUUCUUCGUUAGAUAGAGGAAUAAUAACGGGGUCAACCGAUGGCCUGAUGCGGUUUUGGGAAAAUGAUGAUGGAGGUAUACGGUGUGCAAAAAAUGUAACAAUUCACAACGCUGCCAUAUUAUCUAUCAAUGCUGGGGAGCACUGGUUAGGUAUUGGAGCGGCUGAUAAUUCUCUUUCUCUCUUUCAUCGGCCCCAAGAGAGACUUGGUAGUUUUUCUGGCCCCGGGUCAAAGAUGGCUGGUUGGCAGCUGUACAGAACACCACAAAAAACAGUUGCUAUG